UUAGAGACAAGGGCCGCAGCUCUCACCUCACUCCCCGUCGGGCCGAAUCCACGCGCACUUCUGCUCGAACUCGCACCAAGGGAACACUCCCGCUUGGCUGCUCCUGCGACGAGGCGGAUCUCGAAAGCUCACUUCGGAGGCGUUGAUACUGUUCUCCCAGGAUGAGGGUUCAGUUGCUGUUGUGCGUCCUAGGUGCUGUAGGAGCCUUGGGGUUUUCUGAUGAGUAUUACACAUGGGCAGCUAACCUGCAACCUGGUUACGUAAUAGAGUCGUUUUUGAAGGAUGGUCGUGUAUGCCACUGCAAGGUGCCCGGAAAUUUCACCAGCACGAGCACUACGACUACGACUACAAGUACGACCUCGACUUCUACAAGCACUACUACUUCUACAAGUUCUACUUCUACGUCAACGACUACUUCAACCUCAACUUCGACUAGCACUUCGACUACCACAAGCACGUCAAGUACCACAUCUACAAGCACUACUACAAGUACGUCAAAUGCCACAACUACAAGCAAUACUACAAGUACGCCAAGUAACACAACUACAAGCAAUACUACAAGUACGCCAAGUAACACAACUACAAGCAAUACUACAAGUACGUCAAGUACCACAUCUACAAGCACAUCAACUUCAACAUCUACAACUACUACAACCUCCACAUCGACAAGCACAUCAACUACUACAUCUACAACCACCACCACGACGAUUGGGACGAUCACUUACGAUUGCAACAAAACAAUCCACAUCUCGCACGACUCGGUUGACACCUGGACGUCGCCAAAUUACCCAGAUGAUUAUCCAGAAGACAUUUGCUGUGUAUUAACCUUGAUCACUUCUAGUACCAGUCCUCUGUUCAUGGUCAAGUUGACAUAUGAGGGCCAAGCGGAAAUAUACAAAAAUUCAAAAUGUUCCACCGAUUCUCUCACCUUCUCCAGUGGGGAAAUCCAGUGUGGUAUCUUGCCGUCCAGUUCCUACUUCUUUACGGGAAAAUACACCGUUACUUUCAAAACCAGCUCAGCGGAUGGAGGCACUGCGACUGGGUUCAAUAUGACCAUUACGGGCAUUGAUGGGUUCCAGGGUUGAAGGCCAAUGCGGUCAGGUCAAUUCAGGUCAUCAGGUCUUUGUGGCAAUCAAAAUGAUACACUGCUCUUCGGAUAUUCAAAAUGCUUUAAACUUUAUGUUACAUUGGCAUCGAACCCUGUUUGAUGGUUUGCGUCUGAUAAGGAAAUAAGUUCAAAAUUGAAAGGUCAUUUUGUUUUGUUUUUUGUCUAAUUUCAGAUAAAAAAGAAAAAUCUAAACACUAAUCAUUGUACUAAAUAAAUGCGUGAAAUUAAAUCAUAACAAAAUAUGA